AUGUUGUGCGCAAGGGAACUCGGCAUUAUAUGGGCGGGAACUCCACAGUAUUGGAAUUGGAAGACUCUUACAGAAUCAAGAUUUGCUGAGGUAGCAGAACUAUUAAGCGUUUGCUGGCUUGAUAUUCAUGGCAAAAUGCAAACUCAAAUGUUGUCUUUGAAGACUAACUACGCCGCAUAUCUCGUGUUCAAAAUCCUUGAAAAUUCUGAUGGGCUCGACUCGCCCUCAAAGGCAUCUGUCAAACUUGUUCAACAAAGCAUAGUACAGGUUGAAGGUGAGAACAGCACUGUGUAUUUAAAAGAACCAAUGCUUGGACAAGGAAGUUGGAUCGAAGUUGAUCAAAGUAUCUAUGGUCGGAUGCCGAAAGAAAGAAGGGACACGUGGAUGGAGAUUGAAUUGGGAGAAUAUUUCAAUGACGAAGGAGAUGAAGGUUAUAUUCAUAUGCAACUUUUGGAGACUGAGCUGCUUCAUUGGAAGCGUGGCCUUAUUAUUGAAGGGAUUGAGCUUCGGCCCAAGGAAGAAUGGAAUGAUAAAUAA